CCACGUGACAUGCGCCGGUUUCAGGUUGUCAUAUUGACACAAGUAAGUGUCGAUAGUAAUAUUUUGGCCGUUUCGGAUAACAUGUUUGUUCAUAAUAAUUCGAAACAUGGUCGUCGAACUAAACGUAUUGAUCCAACUGAUGCACCAUUUGCAGCAGCUCCUUGUAUUAAAGCAAUUAGUCCAAGUGAAGGAUGGACAAUUGGUGGUACAACAGUUAUCAUAUUGGGAGAUAAUUUUUUCGAUGGCCUACAAGUUGUUUUUGGUAAUGUUACCGUUUGGGGUGAGCUAUUAACUUCACACGCUAUACGUGUACAAACACCACCAAGAAAUAUUCCAGGUGUAGUUGAAGUAACAUUAUCCUAUAAAUCAAAACAAUUUUGUAAAAAUGCUCCUGGUCGUUUUAUCUAUGUUGCUAUCAAUGAACCAACUAUUGAUCAUGGAUUUACACGUUUAUCGAAAUUAAUUCCACGUCAUCCAGGUGAUCCGGAAAAACUACCCAAAGAAAUUAUAUUAAAACGUGCAGCCGAUUUAGCUGAAGCAUUAUAUCGAAAUACAACAACAACAUUACCACCGCCAAGAUCACCAGUAUCAGCAACAAUGGCUGCUGCUGCAAUGUCCGGAUUUAAUGCCUAUGCAGCUAGUGCAGAUUAUUCAAGACAUCAAACAAGCAGUGUAUCACCACCAAGUCAUCGAAGUUAUGGUUCGAAUACAUCAUCACAAAGUAGUACAAGUAGUGUUACAUCAUCAUAUAAUGGUGCUAAUAAUGGUAAUAAUGGUGGUAAUGGUGGUGGUGGUGGUUCAUCCAGUUUAUCAUCAACAAUGAAUGGUAGUAAUAAUAGUGGCGCUGGUGGUGGUGGUUAUGGAGCAAAUUCACCAACAACAUCAAUGACUACCGGUUCACAAGGAUUAUUUAAUGGAAUGAGUGGUAUUGUAACAUCACCAUUUGCAAUGAGUCCAUUUGCAGCAUUACCAACAGCAUGUCAUAAUGGUCAAUCAUAUCAUCAUGGAUCACCAAUUGUUAGUGCAGCUAAAUAGAUAAA